ACGUUCAGCUUUUCCUUUACGGCAACGACAACCGGUUCGUUUUGACUCAAGCGGAAAUCGGUUGUGGUGUAUGUGCGCGCACUCGUGGGCGCGGUCUGAGGCAGUCGGGCGGCUAUUGGGUGUCUCGCGGAUCCGUUAAACGACGAAAGCGCGUCUGUACGGAGGCCGAGAGGCGCGGCGCUGUGGCGGAUCCCGAUCCCCACCCGUGAGCAUGGCGCCUCAAUGAAGACCGGAGAGAGCAAAGACAGGCGGAAAACUAAUAUGCUUUAAAUAACGGGUUAAGAACGAACUUCGCCCCUAACGGAGACAGUCGACGGGGCUUCUGUGUGCGGUUUUCUUGAUCUCCCGUAGGAUGGUGAGCUGAGCAGAUGAAAGCGCAAGUUAUCGGUGAACGCAUCCGUGCAGUUGUUGAAUUGUAGGCGCGCGUGGGCCGCCGGUGCACCGGGAUCAUGAAGCGCUGCCGCGGGACGCUUGUCUUUGUGCGAGGCGCGUUCAUGUCGGCGGACAGACGCGUUUAAACGCGCUAACAUGACUGUCAGUUUCAUGUCGAGUGCACUGUGAGUUUAUUUGGCUUUUUAUCCGUUCAGGCCGGAGAGAUGCGCGAGUAUAAAGUGGUGGUGCUCGGGAGUGGCGGGGUCGGUAAAUCCGCCCUCACCGUGCAGUUCGUGACCGGGACGUUUAUCGAGAAGUACGACCCGACCAUCGAGGACUUUUACCGCAAGGAAAUCGAGGUGGACUCGUCGCCGUCGGUGCUGGAGAUCCUGGACACGGCGGGCACGGAGCAGUUUGCGUCCAUGCGGGACCUGUACAUUAAAAACGGUCAGGGCUUCAUCCUGGUCUACAGUCUGGUCAACCAGCAGAGCUUUCAGGACAUCAAACCCAUGAGAGACCAGAUCAUCCGAGUGAAGAGGUAUGAGAAGGUGCCUGUGAUCCUGGUUGGGAAUAAGGUGGAUCUGGAAAGCGAGAGGGAGGUGUCGGUGAGAGAGGGGCAGGCGCUGGCCGAGGAGUGGGGCUGUCCUUUUAUUGAGACUUCUGCCAAGAGCAAGACAAUGGUGGACGAACUCUUCGCCGAGAUCGUACGACAGAUGGACUACGCAGCCCAGCCGGACAAAGAUGAUCCGUGUUGCUCCUCCUGCAAUAUACAAUAACCCCCCUGACACUGAACACACAUUACUGUAGCUUUAUUAGACUUUUCCUGUCUGCAGUUUUUCAUCGUUCUGUAUCUACAGACUCACAGUAAUCUUAAGCAUUUGUUUGUCACUUUAAAUUCAUGAUGGCUGAGACACAGAAGAGCGCUUGCCUUGGGUUUCACCGGAUACUUUUGUGUGGAUGACUUGAACUUUUUUUUAUUGUGUUGGUAGUUUUAUCAGAAUUUUAGAGGGCGAGAGAGACUCUUAAACCUAAGCCUGGUUUAUAGAAAGGUUUUUUAUUAAAAUAAAAAUACUUUGUCCAGUCCCAGCUUAAAGAAAUACUCCACUUUCUUAAAAAAAUCCUGAUAAUUUUUCUCACCCCCAUGUCAUCCAAAAUGUCAAUAUCUUUCUUUGUUCAGUCGAGAAGAAAUUACGUUUUUUGAGGAGACAUUCUAGGAUUUUUCUCAAUUUAAUGGACCCCAACAGUUUACAGUUUAAAAUUGCAGUUUCAAAGGGCUCUAAACGAUCCCAAACGAGGCAUAAGGGUUUUAUCUAGCCAAACCAUUUUAAUUUUCAGCAAGAAAAGUAAAAAAUAUGCACUUCUAAACCACAACUUCUCAUCUUGCACUAGCCGUGUGAUGAGCCAGCGUGACCUUACGUAUGAACAAAGAAAGAUAUUAACAUUUUGGAUGACGUGGGAGUGAGUAAAUUAUUGGGAUUUUCUUUUUAAAGGAUUAGUCCAUUUUCUAAAAAAAAUCCAGAUAGUUUACUCACCACCAUGUCAUCCAAAAUGCUGAUGUCUUUCUUUGUUCAGUCGAGAAGAAAUUAUGUUUUUUGAGGAAAACAUUCCAGGAUUUUGACCUUUCCACGUCAUUUUGCAAUUACGUGAGGUCGCACUGGCGCGUCACAGAACUGGAGAUAGACGAGAGGUUGGGGUUUAAAAGUACAUAUUUUUUAUUUUUCUUGUCAAAAAUGACAAUCGUUUUGCUAGAUAAAACCCUUAUGCCUCGUUUGGGAUCGUUUAGAGUCCUUUGAAACUCUGUUGAAACUGCAAUUUUAAACUGCAUUAAAACUGUUACGUGUUGGUGUCCAUUAAAGUCCAUUAAAAUUAGAAAAAUCCUGGAAUGUUUUCCUCAAAAAACAUAAUUUCUUGUCGACUGAACAAAGAAAGACAUCAACAUUUUGGAUGACAUGGUGGUGAGUGGACUAAUCCUUUAAGAAGGUGGAGUAACUCUUUGGCCAGUGACGGAUGGGAGGAUUUUUUUUUUUUGAUGCAAAUAACACUGACAUUUUACACACUGUUAUCUCUAAUGAUUACAUUGUAAUGAUUGUUUUAUUAGAGAAACACUUUCUCAAAAUCAUCUGCUUUUCUUUAGUUUCAUGCAGGAGUAGAAAGCCACAAAUGUAUACUUCAUGGAUUAUAUAAACCUAAAAUGUUUUGCAGUAUGUGAUUGUAUGACAGGGUGCUAUCUUACAGUUUUUGUCUAAAUGCUUUCCUUUUUUAUGUACAGUCAGACAUAAGGUAUACUUACUUUUUACUUUACGUUUUUUUUACUUUGAACCAUAUUACAAGUAUUUAAUUUCCAAGUAAAAGUUGGAAUUUCAAAGUUUCCAGGUUAAAUGCAGCACAGCAGUGUUUGUGUAGAUUUGAAGUGAACUUUUAAAUUUCCGCUCUAUAAUUAUUAUAUCCUGUGACUUUACAGGGCUCUCUCUCGCUCUCACACGAGUCUCUGUAACAUCUCGGUCCUCUUUCUUCAUUUGUUUUUCUCAAUAUUCUGCCAUGGUUUUGUGGCUCAUUAAUGCCGAUGUUGAUUAUUAGUGGACUGUAAAUACAUUUGUACAGAGGUGGCCAGUUUUCUUUGUAACCUCUUCGUGGUUGAUCUUAAGUUUAGACCUCAAGGCCGAACAGAGAGAUUAUGGAGACGGAUGGUGUGUAUGUGUUUUAAUAGAGAGCUCUGAGUCAGUAUUGAUUUUAUAUUUUUUUAUGUGUACGUGUGCUUAACUCUCAUGAAUGACUGAACGUUGACACUUUUGUUUGGCACCUAAAUAAAGUGCAUUCAACACACGCAAA